UGACCAGCUGGAUUGCAGUGAUUAAUAAGAGUCAUCCAACACUAAAUAAUUGCCUCAGAACCAACAUUUACGGCAAAAGGAGCUGUUCUUGUUUUACAAGAGGGGUUUGAGUGAGGUAGAAACAAAAGUUGAUGGAGGAUACCGCUCCCAGAUUGAAGAAACAGUGCGGUAGUCCCUGAAUGAAUGCAUAAAAUCUUCCACAUUCUCUCCACAAGUAAGAUUCAUUCACCUAAUGUUUUCAUUGAAGGCACAAAAUUGUAGUAAGUUGAUUCAUCAUCAGAGAGUGUUGGGAGCACAUGCGCUGACUGUUUCGUAAGUCCUUGUUCAUAUUCAGUCCUUGUUCAUAUAAGACUGUUGGAGUUUUUUUUUUCAGAGCAUAAACCACAAUAUUUUCGUAUGUGAUAAAUUAUAGACCUUAGCCAUACACAUUGACAACUAGACUCAUGAAUUGCCAAAAUCUUAGCAUGAUUAGAAGAAGUAGCAGCAAUUGUUUGUUUCAUAGAAUGCCAAGAAAUUGCAGUACCAUUAUACGUGAAAACAUAACUAGUUUCUGAUUGAGCAUUGUAAGGAUCAGACAAGUACCUUGCAUCUGCAAAACCAACCAAUUCUUUUUUGGGUAGGUUAGGGAAAAAUAAACUCAUAUCUCUUGUACCUUGAAGAUAAUGACAAACAUGCUUAACCCUAUUCCAAUGUCUUUGGGUUGGAAAAGAUCUAAAUUUUACUAAUAAGUUGAUAGAAAAUGAUAUAUCAGGUCGUGUAUGAGUAGCAAGAUACAUCAAUGCACCAAUAGCACUUAAAUAUGAUACUUCAGGACCAAGAAAAUCUUCAUUAUUUUCUCGAGGACAGAAAGAGUCUUUAUUUACAUUAAGUGACCUAACAACUAUUAAGGUGUUCAACGGAUGCGUGUUAUGCAUGUAAAAUCUUCUUAGCACUUUUUCUACAUGUAUUGUUUGAUGCACAAUGGUUCCAUUCUUUAAGCACUCAAUUUGUAACUCUAGACAAAAUUUUGUCUUUUCAAGGUCUUUCAUUUCAAAUUCUUUCUUUAAGCACUCCAUUAUCACUAAAAUCUCUUCAGGAGUCCUAAUGAUAUUUAAAUAAUCAAUAUACACAACAAUUAUAACAAAUCAUGAUCCAAACCUCUUUAUAAGAAUGCAUGGGGAAAUGGGAUCAUUAUUUAGCCUUCCCACAAUAAGUACUCACUAAGGCGAUUAUACCACAUGCGCCCACAUUGUUUCAAUCCAUAACAGGAUCUAUUUAAUUUGAUUGAGUAAUGUUUUGGAGAACAUGGAUUAGCUGCUUUUGACAGUUUAAAACCUUCUAAGAGUUUCAUGUAAAUGUUAUUAUCAAGUGGGCCAUAUAAAUAGGCUGUAACUACAUCCAUUAGGCGUAAAUCAAACCCUUAUCUUAUUGCCAAACUAAUCAAGAACCUAACAGCAUGUUUUGUUGGCAUGAAUAGCCAUUCCAUUCCUUGCCUAUUCCCGCGCUACAGUAAUUACAGCCCUAUUCAUCCGUUUGGUUCACCGUUUACUAAUUCGGGGGUUUUGCUAUUACACCCUUAUUCCCUCAGCAGCUGUAAUAGGUAUUCAGAGGUUUUAGCUUGGAAUAGCUAUUCACUGUUUUCUUCUUCACAUUUUGAGACCAAAAUAGCCUACCUUCUUCUCCCCAAAAAUUUCUCAUCGAUUUCAUAUCCCCAAAUCAAGCCAAAUCAAUUCGCCUUCAUCUUCUUCCAGCCAAAGCGACUGAGAAACAGUAGCGGGAAGGGAGGUAAUCUUUUUCUGCCUUCAUCAAGCUUCAUCCUCUCCGACGUUUCCCUUUCAUUGAUUACAGAGAUAAUUAUUUCAGAUGUUUCAGAAUCAAAUGUUUCUUCCCAAACUUCUCGAGGAACCAAAAUGAAAUGGGUUCCAGAAGAAGAUGCAGCGUUGGUUUCUUGUAUGGUGGACUAGCACAAUGUUGGAACCUUUAAUGCUGAUACGGGGUUCAAAGCAGGUUAUUUAAACGAGUUGGAAAAAAAUGUUAGAAAAAGCUUUACCCAAUGCAAUGUUGAAGGCUAGACCUAAUAUUGAAUCGAGGAUUAGGGUACUGAAAAGGGAUUGGUCAAUUGUGUAUAACAUGCUUAAUGGAAAAAACAAUAGCGGUUUUGGGUGGGAUGAGCAUAGGCAGCUCGUUGUUGCUGAAGAUGUGGUUGGGAACUCUUAUUUAAAUAGUCAUAAAGAAGCCGGUCAAUUCAGACAUCGUAGUUUCCCUUACGAUGACCAACUUGCUGCCAUCUACGCAAAAGAUCGAGCGACUGGGAAAGAUGCUCAAACAGCCGCUGAUGUUAUUGAAGAAAUAAAUGUUGAGGAUGUAGCUACUACAGAUAUUAAUGAAGAAAGAAACGAUUUCUAUGGAUGCGAAGCUGAUGUCUCUUUGGAUGACAUGGAUGUUUUUGCUACAGAACCGCAACCAGAUAGAAACCAAGGGGGUUCCACAUCUUCAAAGAAGAAAAAAAAGAAUUCUGAUGCAAGUGAUCAUAUUUCUUCUUCAUUUCAUGAUGCUGCCACUUUAUUGGCAGAAAACAUGUGGGACAUUGGCGAACAAAUCAAUAGGAGUAUUACCUCAAAUGUGGUAGUUCAACAAAAUUUAGAAGAAUUCCAGAUCAUCCAAGAAAAAGCUAUAAAUUUAUAUCCAACCUUAUGUGAAAUAGAAGGUUUAACUGUGGAUGAGCGCUAUCGAGCAUUGAGCAAAAUUCCAGAUCAUCCAACGCAAAUGCUCAUUUUCUUUAGUUUACCUUCUGAUGUGCGGUUGGAAUGGGUCAGAAGAUUUCUUGCUGACCAUUAAAAAUCAUGGUUCUGUUGAUGAUAUUUUGGUAACUUUUUCUAUUUGUAAUAUUUGGGAUGAUAUGUCAUUACAAUGUUCUAACUUUUUGAUGUUGUAAAACUGUAUAACAUAUGGAUUAUGACAUAGAAUUUCAUGAAUUUCAUGUAACCUUUUG